AUGUUCGAUUUUAAUCUAUUAAUAAUAUUUUUUUUCUACACAGGACCUGUUUUACUUGAUUUAAUUUUAGCAGAACGUGGUGAUGAUACAAUAAGUAAAUUAAUUGAUGAAGAUAUUUAUGAAGAAGUACUUUUGACAUUAUAUAAUUUAGCAAAUAAUUCUGAUAUUUGUCAUCGUCUAGAAAUGGAAAUAGGUUUAGUAUUAAAUGAUAAUGAAGAAAUAACACCAUCAACACUUUCUCUUCUUGCUUAUACAGAAUCUGUUGUAAAAGAAUUUUUAAGACUUCAUCAACCUAUACAAUUUAUUGUUCGAAAGGCAAUUGAAGAUAAUAUAUUAGUAGAUAGCGAUGGAAAAAAAAUAUAUGUUAAAACAGUGGUACUGAUAUUAUGA